CGGAGAGCUAGCAGAGCCGCCGCCGCCGCUAGUUGUAGUUGUAGCUGUAGCUGUGGCCUGGGAGGGAGCCACUCUCGCAUCGUUCCCCGGCGAUAUGACACCAGCGCCGGGCUUGACACUCACCGGGCUACGGUGACACACAAGCGAACACCAAGACCCCGUGUUGGACCCGGGUGACUUCGCCUCGCGUUUGCCCGCCCGGUUGGACCCCUCGCGCGAACCCCACCACGGGCUUUGUUGGACGGGUCUCACCACUGACACGCGUAACCUUUUGUGGAAGCAUUGAACACUUUUAUGUUGGGGUUAAAGCGCGAGCGGAGUUGGAGCUAAGGCUAGCCCGACAGGUUAGCCUUGUUGUGGGGGAAGGGAUCACAACAGUUGGCUGGCUCGCGUCCCGUAUAGACCAAAUCUGAACUUGGCGAACUUUACGGUGGUAACACUAUACAUUAGCAUUAUUGGACAAUAAACACUUUUAAUUUAAUGCUCGUACAAAUGAUCAAAUAAAUUCAGUCGAGCUUUAGCUCAAUUCUGUGACCUCAAAGCUGACUGUCAGCCUUUUUGUGUCACAAUGUAAAGAGAAAAGAGAGAGAGAGAUCACCAAGUAGUCUGCACAAUAUCAGGAGUUACCACUUGAAAUCAUAGAGGGAGACAUAAUGUACAGCCAGAAUGAGUGUGACAUAGAAACAUCAGAGGCGAAAGGGGAAAUAACAAUGAAAGACAAGAGGACACUGUAAUUCUAAACAACAACAAAACUUAUCGAGUUCCCACUUGACAUAAUCCUCCAGAAAGGAAAAGAAGGCAGACAUAGAAACACUCACACAAGAGAGAUAAUGAAACAAUGAAAAAAGACAGUAUAAUAGUAAACAAUUACUCAACUUCCUCAGUUAUCACUUGACAUCAUAAAGACUGUCAUACUGCACAGACAGAAUGAGUGACAGACACACACAAGGGGAGAGAGAGAAAAAAACAAAGACAAGUGAAAUGUUAAACAAAACGCAGUUACCAUUUGACACCCUCCUACAUAGAGACAUACUCUACAGAAAGAAAGAGGAAGAAACACACGAGAAUCAUAAUUAGGGUUGCAUGGUAUAACGGUACUAAAGAAGUAUUGCAAUACCUCGCCACCAAAAUCAGUACAAUAUCAAGUCUUUGUGGUACAAUUCCCCCCCAGCUGCUUUGUGCAUUACAACAGAUAAUGAACAAUUCUCCAAAUAAGAGUACGGUGCUUGCUUCAAGUGGUUUGUCACUCCCAGUUGAAGUUGACUGUAAAGCUAACAUGUAAAACAGGGGAUUAAAUAAUGAAAGUGUGUUAGCUUCAUGAUAACAUACUUCAAAAUGUGCACAUCUGCAUGUAUCACUUUUAAACCAACAGAACAUAAAAAUAGGUUCAAUAAUUGUAAGAAUAGCGUGACUAUCUGUACAGAAAACAACAACAGUAAACUCAAAAUAUAUAAAGAGAAAUGUGCAAGGGAUAGAAUUUUGAUUGACAGAAAAAGGUCGUAAAGAAAAAGAAAAAGCUUGGGUCAGCAAUACUUUCCGUGGCUCGAUGGCAGUUGGGAAAAGUGAAGUCAAAUUCAUUUACAAACAAACAGUACUGUACUUUCCUAUGUUUGAAAGGAAGCACCUCUUCAUCUGUCCCUGACCCAUGAUAUUCCACAAAGGUUAAGAGAUUUGACUUUCCAACGAGGCCCAUAGAAACACUCAAGAGGGUGAGAUAGAUAGAAAAAGUCUUAAUAGUAAACAAAUACACAACUUCCUGUGUUACCACUUGACAUUAUCCUAAAAAGAGACAUACUGUACACCCAGACACAAUGAUUAUCCAGUUGGAGACCCGUGGCCUACGGGCUGCGACGGAGACCAAGCUUUUGGACACUAGGCAGCACAUUACUCUCCAGAAUGCCUUGAUAGUAUUGCGAUUUCUUUGUACCCUGAACAGAUUAAAGACAGCCUGUGCCAGAUGUAGAAAAGCAGCCCCAGAACAAAAAGAGCUGAAACUUGUGGUCUGGAAAAGGCCCCCUUCAAACUUGACAACUGGAGCGGUUUGCUCACGGGGAGUGGACCAAGAAACCUGUUGACAGGGGCAGAAGUCUCAUUUGAGAGUUACAGAAAUUGUCGUCAAUCAUUUUUCCUGUCAUUAGUAGUAGAAAGAGAGACAGAAAAACACACGAGAGCAAGUGAAAAAACACGUGCGGUGCGUUCUGACUUAAGUACAAAUUCGGGUUACUUCGCCACUGUAGGGAUGGAACUCUGUCGUAAACUGGGGAGCCCUGUAUCAAAUAAACAGAUCUCAAAAUUGUUUCACAAUUUGCUUUUUUUUUCACCCUUCAACAGCUGUGGUUGUCAUGUUGUUCACGCCUUUUAACUAAAUGUAAGCUCAAAUCUGAACGCGAGAAAUGUUUGAAUUCAGGUGGUCCUCUGUCCUAGUUUGCUGGGUGGCGUAAGAAUAUGUGGUCACGUGGUGCAAGAAGGCACUCUGUUGCAGCUGUACUUAAUGUUUUUCAUUGAAUUGUUUUAUGUUUAUGGCAAACUAGUGUCAAAAGGCAAUUUUUUCCCUCACCGUUUUGUUAACGUCAUUGUCGUACUGGACCAGAAGGAGAUGAGUAGUGACGUGAGCAGUACGCGGCUCGGCCCGCCCGCCAAGCGUCCCCACAGGGAGAUGACGUCGGAGCCCAGCUCCAGCGACACUUCGCCCUCGCCCCAGACCAAAGGCCAGAGGGUUAGCUGGGACAUUCCCACCUACCGCACCAGGUUGUCAUCUCGUAUCAUGCAAAACGGGCACGGCCACAUGGGCCACCGGAAGGAGGAGCUGGGCCAGGGCGACCACUCGCGCAUGAACGGCCACGUGGAGCUGAAGAGGAGUUGCCGUGUGAGGAAGAGCCAGUUUGCACACCUCAACCAGAGCCUGCUGUUUGACCAGCUGGUCAACAGCACUGCUGAGGCUGUCCUUCAGGAGAUGGACAACAUCAGCAGCAUCAGGCAGAACCGUGAGGUGGAGCGUCUCCGCAUGUGGACCAGAGACACAGAGGAGGAAAACAUGGACAUGUACUCUCGGGUGAAGCGGAGGAAGUCCAUGCGCCGGAACACGUUCAGCCUGCCCGCGCACCACAAAGUCAUGAGUAAAACGCAGGAGGAAGAGGAGGAAGGCACAGAAGAAUCUCACGGGGAAGAAGAGGAGGAGGACGCCGAGGAUGAGGAUGACGAAGGGGAUGAAGCGGAGGAAGCGGGGGAGGGAAAUGACAGGCCGUACAACCUGAGGCAGCGCAAGACUGUGCAAAGAUACGAGGCACCCCCGAUUGAACCAGUGAACAGGAAGCAAAGCAACCCCACACUCUUUGACACCCACAGAUCGCCAGCAAGAAGAAGCCAUAUACGAAUAAAGAAACACGCCAUCCACAGCAGCGACACAACCUCGUCCUCUGAUGAGGAGCGCUUUGAGAGGAGGAAAAGCAAGAGCAUGACUCGGGCCAGGAACAGAUGUCUGCCCAUGAACUUGACGGCGGAGGACCUGGCGAGCGGCGUCCUGCGUGAUAGGACAAAAGUGGGUGCCAGUCUGGCUGAUGUGGACCCCAUGAACCUCGACACCUCAGUGAGAUUCGACCAGGUGGGUGGCCUCGGGAAUCACAUCCAGUCCCUGAAGGAGAUGGUGGUGUUCCCGCUUCUUUAUCCUGAAGUCUUUGAGAGAUUCAAGAUUCAACCUCCACGGGGGUGUUUAUUUUAUGGCCCGCCAGGGACCGGCAAGACCCUGGUGGCCCGGGCCCUGGCCAAUGAGUGCAGCCAGGGUGAGCGCAAGGUUUCCUUCUUCAUGCGCAAAGGCGCCGACUGCCUCAGCAAGUGGGUUGGCGAAUCGGAGCGCCAGCUGCGCCUCCUCUUUGACCAGGCGUACAUGAUGAGGCCAUCCAUCAUCUUUUUUGACGAGAUCGAUGGCUUGGCUCCAGUGCGCUCCAGUAGGCAGGACCAGAUACACAGUUCCAUCGUGUCCACUCUGCUGGCCUUGAUGGACGGGCUGGACAGCCGCGGGGAGAUAGUGGUCAUCGGUGCUACCAACAGACUUGACUCUAUCGACCCUGCGCUGCGGAGGCCUGGCCGUUUCGACCGGGAGUUUCUGUUCAAUCUCCCCGGCAAGAGGGCCAGAAAGCACAUCUUGCAAAUCCACACACGGGAUUGGAACCCUAAAUUGUCUGAGCCAUUUGUAGAUGAACUCGCAGAAAAAUGUGUCGGCUACUGCGGUGCUGACGUCAAAGCACUUUGCACAGAGGCGGCACUGGUGGCGCUGCGCCGUCGCUACCCACAGAUCUAUGGCAGCAGUGUCAAGCUGAAACUGGAUGUGGCCUCCAUUGUGCUGGGGCCUGCCGACUUCUGCCAGGCCAUGAGGGCCAUCGUGCCGGCCUCCCAGAGGGCCCUGGCACCCCCGGGGCGAGCGCUGUCGCCCAUCCUCAGGCCCCUGCUGGCUGGCGCCUUCUCCUUGGUGCUUAACGCUCUCCUUAGAGUCUUUCCCCACGCUCAGUGUGCUGAGAGGGACAUGCACGUAGGUGGUGACAAUCAACUGCUCGAAGAGGACCUGUACAGUGAUGACGACAACGAGGACAGUGCCACUUCCAUCUAUGAAAUCCAGCCUGCCUUGUGCCCCAUCAGUCCGUCACCGUCUUCUGACUCCGCCAUGCGUCGGCCCUUCAUUCAUUGCUCAUUUUCCCCCCAUCAGCAACCCACAGCGUACCGGCCCCGUCUGCUCCUGGCCGGCUCCCAGGGCUCGGGACAGAGUUCCCACUUGGCCCCUGCCUUGCUGCACCACCUGGACAAGCUGCCAGUGCACCGCCUGGACUUGCCCACCCUCUACUCCAUUAGCGCCAAAACGCCAGAGGAGUCCUGUGCUCAGGUUUUCCGCGAGGCCUGCCGGAGCGUGCCCAGCGUGGUGUUUGUGCCACACAUCUCCGAGUGGUGGGAGACGGUGAGCGACACGUUGAAGAGCACCUUCCUCACCCUGCUGCUGGACGUGCCCUCCUUCUGCCCCGUCCUCAUCCUCGCCACUGCCGAGAUGUCCUACUCACGGCUCUCUGAAGAGGUGAGGAGUAUGUUCCAGAAGUCCUACGGGGAGGUGGUCACGGUCCAGCCUCCGGGCGAAGGAGAACGGAGGAGCUUUUUCUCCGACUUGCUGCUGGUCCAAGUGGCCAGAGCUCCGCCGCGCCUCAGGAAUACAGACCGGUGCGAGGAGGUUCUUCCUGUGGCCGAGGCCCCAGGCCCCAGGGUGCUGUCUGCUGAGGAGCAGCGUCGCCUGGCUGAGCAGGAGGAAAACACGCUACGGGAGCUACGGCUCUUUCUCAGGGAUGUGACCAAGCGGCUGGCCACUGACAAACGCUUCAACAUCUUCAGCAAGCCUGUAGAUAUCGAGGAGGUGUCGGACUACUUGGAGGUGAUUGGACAGCCCAUGGACCUGUCCACCGUCAUGACCAAGAUUGAUAAGCACCAGUACCUGACGGCCAAAGACUUUCUGGUGGACAUCGACCUCAUCUGCAGCAACGCGCUCGAGUAUAAUCCCGACAAGGAUCCUGGGGACAAGGUGAUCAGGCACCGAGCAUGCAGCCUCAAGGACACAGCGCACGCCAUCUUCGCCUCAGAGCUCGACCCAGAGUUCGAUCGCAUGUGCGAGGACAUCAAGGAGGCCCGCAGGAAGAAGGACCAGCAGACGCCAGUUCAGUCUGCAGCAGCAGCAACACCAGCGGCGGCGGCGGCGGCAGCAGCAGCAGCAUCAACAACAGCAGCAACUCCUCCGAGUGCUUCCGGAAGCAGGAAGAGCCGAGCUGCCGCGGAACAGCAGAGCAAGGCCAGCACUCAGGGAGAGGCCACCGACAAUAAACCAUGCCCUCGCAAUCAUAUCAAGAAGAAACUCCGGCGACGACCAUCUUGGGUCCGGGGUAUCAUCCGAAAGCACAAGCACUACAAGAAGGGUGUGGAAGAGGAAAAAGGGGAGGAGCACACCGAGGCCGAAACGGAAGCAGCAGGGCCCAGCGAUUCGUGUCUGACGCUGGACGAGGAGUCCUCCUGCGACACUCCGGGACCCCGGGCCAAUGGCCACCUCCCCCUCGUCUCCUCCAUGGAGGAAGAGAGCUCCAACGAGCCCCCGGUUGGCACUGCGGAAGCUGGAAAGCAGUUGGAAAAACAAACUCAGCUGCAUUGCCUUGGAAACGAUUCCCAUCCCCAAGCAGACGGGCACAGCCAAACCGACACAAAACCUCCGAUUGAAAAAUCAGACUCUUCUGAAACUCAGCACACGGAGGCUGUCCAUGUAGCGCAAGUGAAUGGAAAUGAGUCCAUGGAUAGUCUAGACUCGCAGUGCCUGGAGAAAAACGGCAAGGGCGGCGAGGAAAGGACUUCCCAAAACACGGCGGACGCUUUGGACAAAAAGGCGGCGAAGGGGGAGCACAACAGCAAUGACGAGGGGGAAUUGACUCAGGAGCACUCUGUGCAAAGUCUGGAGGAAGAUCAGGACAAAGAAGGGGACUCCAAAGCAAAGAAAUGGAAGAGGAGCCCGUCGGAGCAAAUGAAAACAACAGUCUUGAGGAUGGAGGACGAUCCCAAACCAGCACCCCCACCACCACCUCCACUUGUGGUUGACCACCAGCAACUUUUGGUGCUACUCAACAUGGCGGUGAGGAAGAGCGAGGGCUUCAGCGUGGAGCAGAUGGAGCGACUGUACUCGGUGCUCAGCCAGUGCAUCUUCGCUCGCCGCAAAGAAUACGACAAGACACGACUACUGGAGGAGAUGGAAGACAGGAUCCAGCAUUUUGACACUUUCCUGUGAGAGACGUCGACGACAAAACCUCCUCAGGUAAGACCCUGAGCAACCCCCCAGACCCCCGAGCCUCCUCUUCCCAUGGGACCACAAAGGCAAACAAACUGAGAGCGAAGUCAAGAGACAUUCAAUGGUGCUAUCGUCUCAGGAAAAUCUGCUUCUACACAACCAAACCCCUCCCCCUUGGAGGUGUGUCACGCACACACACACACACACACACACACACACGCGCCAAUGGUCAUGAGCAACCCCGGUGCUAUUCUAACUGUAAUCCACGCUGCUUUUCUUGGCAUUUUUCAACUCGGACAACGAGUCAAAACAACCCCUUUCACGCACACACACACUGAUCCUCACCAGCAGAAAGAUGUGAACGCCACUUGGAGACGGACAGAAUAAUAUGGCCAAUCAGUGAAGUACACACCGCUGAGCCAAUCUCGCCCCAGAGUGGAACGCCAUAAUCAUUAUGCGCUGCCAUUGCCAUCGUUUUUUUUUUU